UGUUUAUAUUUUGAUUUGACAAUACACUUUCACAAUUAUCUUUUGUUUCUGUAAUCAAAUAAUGUCCACCGUAUUUAUAACGAAAAAAUUACUUAAUUCAAAUUUAGCAACAGAUCGGAAAUCCUAUAUUUAUUUACAUAGUGAAUGGAUAGAACAAAACCUAAAAUUACAUAUAAAGGAUUCAAGUUCCGGUCUAUGUUAUGCUGGCGAGAUGGAAGGAAGUGAAUUCAAGGAAGCGUCAGAAGACCUUGAAAUCCCACUUCAAAAAUAUAUUGAUGACCUAAAAUGUGUGCUCACCACAGAGCUUGGCUUGCCCGGCUUCGAGGUUGAACUGGACACGCAAAAUAAAUUACUGGUGGUGAAUAAAAGAGAAAAUUUCUGCGCACAACAUGUAGAAAUGAAAUUGAGAACGGCUGCGAAAGAUUAUGAAAUGUUAAAUGUUGCCAUUGAACUCAUUGAAGCCGAAAAAGUAAAUAAUAAAAAUAAUGAAUGUGAUAACUCAGUCGAGGAAAAAAUACAAUUUAUGCAGAAGCAGUUACAUGAAAAAGAGGAGUGGAAGCAGUUAACUUAUAAAAAAUUCUUACUUAUAUUGAACGAAAAAAAGUUAGAAAUUAACAAAUUGAAAUCUGACUUGGAAAACUCGGAGAGGGAGAAAAGGCGUGCUAUUAAGGCACUUUGUGAAAACAGAAAAGAUGCUGAAAUGGAUAUGCAAGACUCAGAUCAUGAGUCCACUUCAAAUACAACAGCAAGCAGUCACGAGAAUAGUGUUUAUGAUGCUCCUACCCAACGUCUAACACCUCCUCCCACGUAAUAAACAAAUAAAGAUUUCUGUAAUAUUUGAAGAAAGCUUAAGUACAAAGUAACUGUAAAAUCCGUCUUUGCUUUUAAACAUUAUUAUUGCAAAUAUAACUACAUAUGUAAAAAUA